AUACCGCAAAUAUAGUGAUUUUACCCGCCGCUGAGAAGCAGAAGGAAUAAAACAAGCAUGCUGUCAUGUUAUGCAGCACAAGUUCACACUUUGGAGUUUCAAAGACAGAAAAACGUCUAUAAAGAAACAUGGCCGGGAAUAUAAAAGAUAAAGAAGCAUAUCAACGCCUGAACUUCCUCUAUCAGGCUGCUCACUGCGUUUUGGCUCAAAAUCCAGAGAAUAUUGAACUGGCAAGAUUUUACUGCUUCACUCAGAAGACCAUCUCCAAACGACUGGUACUUAGACAAGAUCCAUCAGUAAAGAGAACCAUUUGCAAAAAAUGCUGCACUUUACUAAUACCAGGUGUCACAUCAACUGUACGACAAAAAAGAGGACCGUGGCGACAACGUAAGACUAUUGUGCGAUGUUUAAGUUGUGGACUGACCAAAAGGUUCCCAAACAACCCAAAACAUAAACUGUGGGUGGAUCAACCUGAAGCUCAACUAGAAAACCAGACUUCACGAGAUGCUGGUCCUUCAUCUAAGUCCGCAACCCAAGAGAAAAAAUCUGAUAUUGGCUCAGCGUCCACAACAGCGAAGACUUCGUCUACAGCUCAAGCAAAUCUGACUAAACCUUCAUGACACUCAUUUUAUGAAACUGUACAUACAUUAAUAUAACUAUAACAAAGUGAACUUUGGGGGUGGUAUUUUUAUUUUAUUUUUUUUGGUUAUAUUUUUGCAGCCUUUAGAUUUGUUUAAAAAUGCAUUUUUAUUUUCCUGACUUGAUGUGCAAUAUUGUUUUUCUUCUGCAUUGAGUGGAUGUUUUGAAUUGCAAUAAAGUGAUUGUACCGUAAGUGGUUGAUUUACAUUGCUAAUGACUUUUAUUCUGUACUUUUAUGCAUACUUUAAUAUCAUUAAACUCUACA